AUGCUGGAUGGCCAGCUAUUCUCCGAGGGGCCCGACAGCCCCCGGGAGCCCCAGGAUGAGGAGUCUGGCAGCUGCCUCUGGGUGCAGAAAUCCAAGCUGCUGGUGAUCGAAGUGAAGACAAUUUCCUGUCAUUAUAGUCGCCGCGCCCCUCCUCGACAGCCCAUGGACUUCCAAGCCAGCCACUGGGCCCGUGGGCCCCAGAGCCGCACGUGUGGGCCGCGCUCGGGAUCCCCUGAACCGCCGCCCCGCCGUCCCUGGGCCUCCAGGGUGCUGCAGGAGGCGACCAACUGGCGGGCGGGGCCCCCGGCCGAGGCCCGAGCCCGGGAGCAAGAGAAAAGGAAAGCGGCAUCGCAAGAGCGGGAGGCCAAGGAGACCGAGCGAAAAAGGCGCAAGGCUGGUGGGGCCCGAAGGAGCCCCCUCGGUCGGCCCCGCCCGGAACCUCGGAACGCCCCUCGGGUGGCCCAGCCUGUAGGGCCCUCAGCUCCUUCACGACCCGAGCGCCUGGGGCUGGCGGGGCGACCGCCCCGUCCAUCCGCGCAGCCUCAGAGCGACCCAGGGGCGGCGUGGGCGGGGCCCUGGGGAGGUAGGCGGUCAGGGCCCCCCAGCUACGAGGCACACCUGCUGCUAAGGGGCGCAGCCGGGACGGCCCUGCGACGACGCUGGGACCGCCCGCCACCCUACGUGGCUCCACCUUCUUACGAAGGCCCCCACAGGACCUUGGGGUCUAAGCGAGGCCCCGAGCCCUCCCAGGCGCCCGCCUCAGCAGCCUGUGCUCCGACUCCGGCCAGGACAGAGGGAGGGUUCACAAAGAAGAGGCUGGAUCCUCGGAUCUAUCGGGACGUCCUCGGGGCUUGGGGUCUCCGACAGGGACGGGGUCUCCUGGGGGGAUCCCCAGGCUGUGGAACAGCCAGGCCAAGGCUGGAGUCCGGCAAAGGGGCCGUGGAGAAAAGCCUGGGGCUGGCUAGUGCCGGCCCGAAUAGUGGUAGUGACAGCCAUCCCCAAGCCAAAGCUGCUGGGAGCCCAAGCUCGGAGACAGCUCCUGCGGGGUUGGCCGCUGCGACUCCCAGCCCACCGCGUCCCGCUCCCAGGUCCAGGCCCCGUCUCAAGGGCCCCGGGGAAGGGAAAGAAAGUAGGGAACAGAGCUGGCUCCCCAAAUGCUGGAUUCCCUCCCUUAAAAGGCAGCCACCGCGACAUAGCCAGACCCUCCCCAGACCCUGGGCUCCAGGAGGCACUGGAUGGAGAGAGUCCCUGGGUCAUAGAGAGGGGGCAGGACCUGAGACCUUGGAGGGUUGGAAAGGGGCCCGCCGCGCCCACACCCUGCCCCGCAGCUCCCGCGGCCCUGCUCGGGGAGAAGGCGUCUUUGUCAUUGACGCCACGUGCGUGGUGAUACGCUCCCAGUACGUUCCAACCCCUCGAACCCAGCAUGUACAGCUUCUGCCCAAUGGGGUGCCGCGCGUCGGGGGGGAUGCCCCUAACCAACCGAAGCCCAACAAGGAAGAGGUCGAGGGAGUCGCGGCCUUUCCCUCCCCAUGCCAAAAACUGCUGUUGAGCAGUCGCCUUUCACACCAGCUCGGUGGGGGGCGAGGGUUCGAAGCUGAGGGCGGGAAGCCCCCGGACUCCUCCUUGGAGGAGCGCGCCUCCCGCAUCUUGGGGCUCCCGGUUGGCGAAGUAAACCUGCAGGACGCCCCCACGCAGCCAGGUAGCCCAGAGCGCUCAGUCUUAGGCCCACCGGCUUCGGGAGGCGCGGGCAGUGCCGAGGGCUCGGAGGAAGUGGCGGCUGUCCCGCGGCUCGCGGGCCGGGGCUGGGCGCGGACCCCAGGGCCCUACGCCGGGGCCCUGCGGGAAGCCGUGUCCCGCAUCCGGCGUCACACUGCCCCGGACUCGGACUCAGACGAAGCUGCGGAGCUCAGCGUCCACAGCGGCUCUUCUGAUGGAAGCGACACCGAAGCCUCGGGCGCCUCCUGGCGAAAUGAGCGGCCCCGGCCCGGGGAAGGCGGGAAGACGGCAGAGCUGAGCGACAGUAUCCGAGAGAUUCUAGAUGUCAUCAACCGAACCGAGGAGGCCUUCUUCGGAGAAAGGGACACUAAGGGGAUGCCACAGGGAAAUAGGGAGCAGCAGUGAGAGGCCCUUUCUUGUAUUUGUGUUCCCCAACCUUUCCAUCUUUGGGCCCACUGGUCCUCUUUCUUCCUCACAGACUUCCUUGUACCCCUUACCCAUAGCCGUUCCCACACUUGAAAUAGCAGCCGCCCGAUUGAAAGGAAAGGGAGCAUGUGGCAAUUCAUGGUUUCUUUUUUUCUUUUCUUUGUCCUUUCCUUUCUUACUUUCCUUUCCCUUCCUUUCCUUUCCGGGAGAGGCGAGGAUGAGCAGUUGACUUUAAUCCCUGCUCCAUUCAGGGCACUGGGGUAAAAUCUUCACCAAGGGCAGAUGAACUAGUUGUGGAGCUGAGCAGAGAGACCUAGCCAGGACCAGGAGGGAGGGCAGGGAUGGUAUAGUCAUAGGAGGGCAACUUAGGGUGGAGUCUCUGGGCUGGAGGGAGAAAGUGAUGGAAGAGGCUUCUGAGUGCGGUGACCAGGUGACAUAGAGGCCUUUGGCAGAAGAGGAAGGGACCCAGAAGCAGCCAGCAAAACAGGAAGAGGGCUUACUUUGGUGUCACAAGGCCCCAAACGAGGUUCCAAUCCCAACUCUGACACUGACUGCUGGGUGACCUAAGGCAAGUCACUUCCCUUCUCCAGGCCUACUAAUAUGUAAAAUGAGGGAGUCCUAACAUCAUCUCUGAUGUUUUGGAUCCUUGGGGGAGGAUUUGUAUCUUAUCCUCUCCUCCACCGGCUGAGAAAGAGAAUUAGGAAUAAAUGUACAGAGUCUGA